UUUUUUAUUUUUUCCCUUUCUACUUUUCCUUAUUCUAAUAUUAUGUCGGAUACAGAGAAAGAACCAGUUCAAGAUCAAUUUGACGAUGAAGAGGUUGACUUUUCAAAGUUGAAAAAGAAGAAAAAGUCCAAGAAGAAGGUUGAGUUUGAUGCCGAGGCUGAACCUGUUGAAACACAAACUGAAGAGAAACCAGUUGAACAACAAGACGAUGCCGAAGAGGAUCCCGAAGCUAUGUUUGCAGAUUUGAAAAAGAAAAAGAAGAAGAAGUCUAAGCUUAUUGAAGAGGAUACUCCUGAUGCUGAUUCAUCAGUUGCUAAUACUGAUGAAGAUUUAGACUUUAGUGGUUUAAAGAAGAAGAAGAAGAAGAAGAAGUCUAUGGCUCAAUUUGAAGCAGAUUUGGCUGAUGAGAAUGCUGAUGAGAAUGAGGUUACUGAAGAAAAGACAAAUGAAAAGGAAGCAGGAGAAGACGCAUGGGUUAAGAGUGAUAGAGAUUAUGCUUAUGACGAGCUUCUUGAUCGUGUAUUCAAUAUUUUGAGACAAAAUAACCCAGAAUUAGCCGGUGAAAAGAAAAAAUAUACAAUCGUUCCUCCUUCUAUUCAUCGUGAAGGUAACAAAAAGACAAUUUUUGCCAAUAUUGCUGAGAUCAGUAAACGUCUUCAUCGUCCUGCCGAUCACGUCAUUCAAUUCUUGUUUGCCGAAUUGGGUACAACUGGUUCCAUUGAUGGUGCUCAACGUUUAAUCAUUAAGGGUCGUUUCCAACAAAAGCAAAUUGAAAAUGUUUUACGUCGUUAUAUUGUUGAAUAUGUUACAUGUAAGACAUGUAAGUCUCCUAAUACAAUCAUGACCAAAGAUAACAGAUUGUAUUUUGUUACUUGUGAACACUGUGGUUCUAGUCGUACUGUAUCUGCCAUUAAGACAGGUUUCAAAGCACAGACUAAAGAAGAUAGACGUGCUCAAAGAGCAUAAAAAUAUGAUAAAUAAAAUACACGGAUUUUUUUUUUUUAUUUUUAUUAAUAAU